GCGUUGGAAAGACCUUCAAACAUACGCAUGCGCGGUUCCGCAGCCUCAGUUCCCGCGAUGCACCGCGACAUUUCAAACUGAGUGAGCGCGAGACUGACAACACAGUGACCAGUAUUUUGAAGGUGUGAAAAUCCCUUUCUUUCGGGGAAGCUUCUAGUCGGAAAUGGAACAUAUGGAUGAACGCUGCCCUUUCAAAUCUCCUUGCCAGCCGGAAAAUAAAAAGAAACGAUCAGGUUCUUGGAAUGAGAAUCAUAAAUCUUUGGUCAUUCCUGCUUCUCCCUUCAUGAAGAAGUUGGGCUACGGCACCGGAGUUAAUGUUUACCUCAUGAAAAGAUCCCCUACAGGCAAAUCAAGUUCUCCAUGGGCUGUGAAAAAGAUUAAUGCCAAGUGUAAUACAAAGCAGGAAAAUAUUUACUUGAAGCGACUUCAGGAUGAAGCCAAACUUCUGAAAGAUAUUGAGCAUCCAAAUAUUGUUGGUUACAGAGCAUUUACAAAAGCAAGUGAUGGGACUCAAUGUCUAGCUAUGGAGUUUGGAGGAGAGAAGUCUUUGAAUGACCUGAUAGAAGAAAGGAAUGAAAAUGGCAAAGGACCUUUUCCUGCGUCUACCAUCCUGAAAGUAGCUUUACAUGUAGCUUGUGGAUUGAAGUAUCUGCAUAAUGAGAAAAGACUCUUGCAUGGAGAUAUCAAAUCUUCUAAUAUCGUCAUUAAAGGAGAUUUUCAGACCAUUAAGAUCUGUGAUGUUGGUGUUUCACUCAAAUUAGAUGAGAACAUGCAAGUAAGUGAUCCUAAAGCAAUAUACAUUGGGACUGAACCAUGGAAACCGAAAGAAGCUCUGGAAGAAAAUGGCCUAAUCACAGACAAAUCAGACAUGUUUGCCUAUGGUCUUACAUUAUGGGAAAUGAUUACUCUUUCUAUGCCUCAUAUAAAUAUUUCUGAAGACUCUGAAGAUGAAGACAGUUUUGAUGAAGAUGCUUAUUAUGAAGCUUUAGGAACCAGGCCUGCACUCAACAUGGAUGAACUAGAUGAUUCCUACAGGCAGGUUAUUGAAAUGUUCCUAGUUUGUACAAAUGAAAAUCCUAAAAAACGUCCCUCGGCUGCACAGAUAGUAGAAGAAUUGGAGGAAGCAACUGAUAAAAAAUAAAGUUCAAUAAAUGUUUUGCCCAACCUGUCUUUGUUUUAUGAAUGUACUUAUGUAAAAUUAAUUAUACUAACCCACCUGUAAAUUCUAUUGUUAAUGUCAUUAUAUUUUACAAGUUUAACUGAAUUUCAUGCAUCGAGCAACAUUUACAGAAUAUGACCCAAGUUUCAAGUAUUGAUUUCUGUCUAUAGAUUCAAGGUGAUCUGUUCAGUAUACCAUGGGGGGGGGCUAAGCUGAAAUGUAUGACUGGCUUAAACUGUAGGACUCCAUUUUUGUUGAUGCCAUUGUAGGAAUUUUGUUUUAAGAUACUGAACUCUGAUGUUAGAGCAUGUGACACUUUGCUCUAAUUCUGUUUAAACAAUAUUAAAACUACCACAAUCAA